GUUCGGUGGCCGUGAGACAGACACCAGCUCCUGCCUGGCCUUUGCCCCGCAGUCGCGGCGCUCUCGCAAGACGCGGAGUGACUGGCAGGUGUCGAACAAGGACGAUUUCAUCAAACUCGAGCCGUACGCCGUACCUUGCGGCGUCGGCUGGAUGAAGUCGAACCCCACGAAGUGGGAGGGCGGCUCGGACUUGAAGCCGUGGGAGUGCCCCUUUGUUGCAACUUUCGGAGGCUACGCGUUUUACACGUCCGAGCUGGCCAUCGAAAAGUGCCUCACGGUGACCUACAAGAUGUCGAACAAGGUCGAUGUUUCAAGCAAAUUGAACCGCUUUGUGUCUCCUUGGCCCGACAUGGCCCUGCGAAGAUUGACGAGGCCACAGGCGUCGGAGGAUUGGAAGAUUUCCCGUGGCAGGGGCACAGAUGCUGGCCAGGUCGUUCGUGCCGUUGCCAACGAUCCAGAUGAUAGGGGACCGUCCGAAUCCGGAGUCAUCAUGCCAGCCGACUGUGAGCUGGCACUCUUUUACCACAACCAUGUGCUGCCCUUCCUGGCAGUGUCCUUACUGAUAGUGCCGUCAGCCCACUUCGUUGAUGACUUUUACCAGUCCGAGGAUUCCGAGAUGGCUCGGUCAGUCUUCUCGGCUUUCAACACCUUUCACAUUAACUUGGGCUUCAGGAUGAAGGUGGAUGGGCGACAAACAGCCCUGCAGAAACUGCGUGAGUCCACCAACGGUUGGGGAGUGAUCUACGUGAACCCAUCCGAUUACAUCUACUGGCUGGAGUCGAUGGCACAGUUGAUCUCCAUUGUGGCUAAUCUCUCCGAUGAGGUGUUUCGACGAGAUUUUUCAAAGGCGGACGACCUCGGCUGUCAGCGCUUG